AUGGCUAACCAAAAGAGUACUGAUGCAACCAUCAAAAAUCUUGAGACGCAAGUUGGUCAAUUAUCUAAGCAAUUAGCCGAUCAACACAAAGGAACUUUUUCCGUAAACACUCAAGACAACCCGAAGGAGCAUUGUAAAUCUAUUCAAACUUGUAGUGGUAGAAAAAUUGACAUGGGCAUUAGUGAUGAAGUUGAGGAAGAGGAAAUUGUAGUAGAAAACGAGAAGGAAAAAGAUGAGAUUGAAGUAGAAAAAAAUGUUGAGGGAGAAUUAGUUGAAAAAGAGAAACUUGAAAAAGAAGAAGUAGAAAAGAAAAAUAGAGAGGAAAAGAAUAAAAAGAAUCAAAAGGGGAAGGAUAAGUUGAAUAAUAUUCCAAUUCAAAAUUUUUCAUAUCCUCAUGCUCCUUCCAAGAAGUACAAUGCUAGGAAUUAUGUUCAGUUCUUGAAUAUAUUUAGUCGGUUGCAAAUCAAGAUUCCAUUUUUUGAGGCUCUUGAGCAAAUGCCUACAUAUGCAAAGCUCAUGAAGGACAUCCUUACAAAGAAAAGAAGAUAUAAAGAUCAAGAAAUCAUCACUAUUGAUGCUAGUUAUAGUGCAAUCAUUCAAAGGACUCCACCGUGGAAAGAAAGCAGUCAGGGAAGGGUUACAUUAUCGGUCUUCAUAUGUAAUGAAUACAUUAGCAAAGCAUUGAUUGAUUUGGGCUCUACCAUAAAUUUGAUUUUGUUAUCCGUGGUUCAACGACUAGGAAAUAUUGAAAUGAAAUCAACUAAGAUGACAUUACAAUUGGCCGAUAAGUCUAGAACCCGGCCUCAUGGAAUAAUUGAAGAUGUUCUAAUCAAGGUGGACAAAUUCUUUUUUCCGAUUGAUUUCGUUGUCAUAAACAUGGAAGAAGAUGAUGAUACACCAUUGAUUAUAGGUCGACCUUUCAUGAAGACCGCAAGGAUGAAGAGGUGUGUUUCACCCUCUUUGAAGGCAUGA